AAAUGUGUGUACAUUUUUAACUAUUGUGUGAUAAAAAUGCAUAAUGUUUUCAAUAUGUGAACAAAUAUAAACUACAUUUUUAAAUAAUUUAUUGAGUUUAGUGAAUUAAUAUAUUAUCGAAUUUUGAGAAAUAAUUCACAAUUGAAUAACAGUUUUCUUGUGAAAUAAAUUGAUAGGUGUUACAGUAAAUAUUUUUAUUUUUAAAUAAUAUUUUUUCUUAGUGUGGUAUUUUUAAAUAUUGAUGGUGAAAAUGUCUGUGAUGCAGCAAGCAAAACGGCAGCAUUGUUAUUUAUGUGAUUUACCUCGUAUGCCAUGGGCGAUGCUCCAUGAUUUUACUGAGGCAGUGUGUCGAGGUUGUGUUAAUUAUGAGGGUGCUGAUCGGAUUGAAAUUGUUUUGGAAACGGCUAGACAAAUGAAACGAGCGCAUGGUUUUCAAGAGGCACGAUCCAGUAGUAAUCAUACAACAACAAAAUCACAUCGUUCAUCAAGUUCAAGUCAUGAUCAUCAGAAUGGUAGCACAUCUGGGUUAGAAGUUGUAGGUAUACAAACAACUGGUACUCAUGUAAGCGCUCGUCAACAAGCACAACCGCCAGUAGCCACACAUCAUACGAGCAGUUAUGCCACAUUACAUCAUUCACGUACAGGUUUACUUGCUGAAUAUGCUGCUGCUGCCGUUUCACAACCUCAACCACCACCAAGGGGUAAUAAUGGAUCAGUAUCACAAAUGAGUCGUAAUAUGCAACCACAGGACACUGAACAUGAGACAAUGGCGAUGAGUCGUACAGCAGUACGUUUACAACCUGCUGCGCAUCUGGUCGCUGCGCAUCAUAAUAUGCAACAACAAUCACAUCAUACAUCCUCAAAUGGGGGUGGCGGUUCACGACCGAGUUCUUUGCCACCAAAUACAUCAGGUUUAAGUUUAAAACGUACUCUAGCAACAGUUGAGGAAGAUGAUCAUCAUUCUGGACAUCAUCAUCCAAAUAACGGUGUUGGAGGUGAUGCACCACCAAACACAAAACGUAUGAUGUCUGUGGAAGAACUUGGUGGUACAACGGUGCGACCUCCGUUAACCAGGGGCUAUUCCGUACCUGUCUCCGUAGCUAAUGGAAAUGCUGCAAAUGCCAGUUCACCUUUAGGCCCACGCACAGUAUCCCCACCAGAACCAACAACUGGUACUGGACCCCAACAGCAGCAUGUUGGUGCAAAUGGAUCCGGACAAUCACCAAUGGCAGCACUAAUGUCUGUUGCUGAUAAUUUGCCACCAGGUAGUCCCAGAUCUACUGGUGGAACACCACCUGGUAAUUCAGCACCACGAUCAGCAUCUAGAGGAUCUCAACACUCACCAAACAGUUCAGGAUCUACCAGUGGUAGACGUUCAUCUGGAUCACGACACGUGUCAUCAACAACAGUUACAUCUAGUGAGGCUACCGCUAGCAACUCUAAUUUAACUGGUCCCAAUGGUGAAGUAUUAUCAACACCAAACACCGAAAGUAAUCAAAACGCUGCACCACCAGCAGCUACGCUUAAAUGUACAUUAUGUCAAGAACGUUUAGAAGAUACACACUUUGUGCAAUGCCCGUCCGUACCACAUCAUAAAUUCUGUUUCCCAUGCAGUCGCGAUAGUAUAAAACGACAAGGUGCUGGCGCUGAAGUUUAUUGUCCCAGUGGUGAAAAAUGUCCACUUGCCAAUUCAAAUGUACCCUGGGCAUUUAUGCAAGGUGAAAUACAAACAAUUCUUGGCGAAGAAUUGAAAGUGAAAAAAGAACGAGAAACUUAAGGGAAAAGAAAUUGAAUAUGGAGCGUUGAAAUAACGCUUUUUUGGAUUAAAUAAAAAUAUUGAAAUGAGAGCUGGUCUCGGCCGGUCUUAUUAUAUUCGACAAUGAAUUUAUUGUCUCGAGCUAUAAAAUAUGGCUGCAUGUAGAAAAGUGGCUAAAAAACAUAAAUUCCAUUGAAAAUGUUGGUUGUUGUCUUGCCAUUCUCUCAUAUUGGCAAAAAUAUAUAGACUUAAAAUACCAACAUAUGGAAAUUUGGAUAAUCAUCUUAUCCACAAUUCAAAAAAAAUAUAUUUUUCGUCUAGAUAAAAUCGAAUCGAUAUAUUUUAUUCAACGAUAUAUCUUUAUUUAUUUUUUCGUUUUUGUACUUUGUUGUUUGUAAAUGGAGAACUGACCAUUUUAUAAGUUCUGAAAAAAAGUGAAAUAUUUUUUGCUAUUUUUCAAAUUAGCUGGUUGUAAAUUCAGCUUAUUAGAUUUAGUUUUUAUUUUUUUAAAUGUAAAUAUUGUAAAUAUUUAUAUUUUUCGUACUGUGUAUGACGAUUAUUGGCAAUCUAAAUAUUUAAAAAUAUAUAAGUAAUAUAUUUCAUUUUUUUCGAAAUAUAAUUGGAUAUAUAAAUUAGAGCAAAAAGAAAACAGUAGGAAAUAUCAAAUUUUAUCCCAGAGAUAAUCAAAAUACGAAGAAUUUGUACAAAAAAAUUAUUAUUAUUAU